CGCCCAGCCAGGUCAGAUAAGGUCGGUCAUCUUCUGCCUCCGUAUCACAGUAAGCGCGUCAUCAGGAACCGCAAACCCCAAGCACAUGGGGCGCCGAGCGGUCGAUUUAUCUUUCGGGUACGGGACAAGCCGCGGCUUUGUGCACACUCGUCCAAGGCCAAGUACUUAGCAGAGUAGGUGGCUUGCUCUUCCUGCAACAUGAGGUGGCUUUGCUUAGCUUUUGACCCUCUCGGCGCCCAUUCGGCACUUCGCGUUCCGUCUUGCAGAUCAACAGACCUUUCCAAUGGCAAUUGAGGCGCUGCCAGACUCUGCGCUCAGCCCAGCCUUGCCAGCUGAAACCGUCCAGCCUUAUCAGCUUGGAAGCCAUGGCACUCCAACACAUUGGGAAGCUGCUACGCCGAUCUCGAACCCAUCCACGAUGCAACCGGGUAGACAGCUCGUGCAUAAUUGCGAGUAAAGGAUAUAAAAGUCGUUUCGUCUCUUCCCAAAUUGAUUAUACCUAUCGUAUCCAUCCAUCCAUCCAUCCGCCCAACCUUCGCAAACCAAAUUUCCAAAUCUUGUCUUCCUCCACCAUGAGAAUCUUCGCCCUCCUUCCCGUGGCCUUCACCCUCGCGGCCUACGCUAUUCCCGUUGCUCAGCCAGAUCCCAACGCCCUGGCCGCCGGAGAUGCCCUCCCAUCCCCGAGCAUGAACUUGGCGAAGCGUGCCCAAGACCCCACCGUCAAAGCCGUCAAGAAGGCGAUCCGCCGCCUCAAUCUCGACCUAAGCGACACCGUCGACGACCUCUUGACAGCGCUAGGCUUUGACGGCACGGUGGCCGAUGUCGACGAUCUACUCGCCGGUCUGGUGGGCAAUACGGAAGACUUGGUGGGCGAGGUGGAAGCUCCUGUUCUUGAUCUAGUUGAUGAUCUCGGGCUGGGAGGCCUCACCACAGCCAUUGACGAUCUCGAGGAGGCGUUGGGUAUCAACCCCAACAGCCCCAUUUCUUCCUUGUUGAAGGGGCUUGGUCUCUUGCCUCGAUAAGCUGGAAGCGGAAUUGCCGGGCGGUCUCGUCAUGUCCCGGACGAAACUGCAGUCCCUCUGUAUUGAGUGAAGGAAGCUGGACGACAGUGAAAUUGUCCGUAAGGCAGGGUUGGCGGAGGUUCGCUCAUAACCUGGCAGCUAGCAGACACGUUCAACGACAUUUAAAUUGAUUA